AUGCCUGGGAGGACCUGGGAGCUGCGCCUGCUGCUUCUGCUGGGGCUGGGGCUGGGGUCCCAGGAGGCCCUACCCCCACCCUCAACACAGACAAUUAAGUGCAUUGUUGUGGGCGAUGGUGCUGUUGGUAAAACAUGUCUCCUGAUAUCCUACGCAACAAAUAAAUUUCCAUCUGACUGUGUACCAACUGUUUUUGACAACUGUGCAGUCACAGUUAUGAUUGGUGGAGAGCCAUAUACUCUUGGACUUUUUGAUACUGCAGGGCAAGAGGAAUAUGACAGAUUACGACCGCUGAGUUAUCCACAAACAGACGUAUUUCUAGUCUGUUUUUCAGUGGUCGCUCCAUCCUCAUUUGAAAAUGUGAAAGAAAAGUGGGUGCCUGAGAUAACUCACCACUGUCCAAAGACUCCUUUCUUGCUUGUUGGGACCCAAACUGAUCUCAGAGAUGACCCCUCUACUAUUGAGAAACUUGCCAAGAACAAACAGAAGCCUGUCACUCCAGAGACUGGUGAAAAGCUGGCCCAUGACCUGAAGGCUGUCAAGUAUGUGGAGUGUUCUGCACUCACACAGAAAGGCCUAAAGAACGUAUCUAAUGAAGCAAUACUGGCUGCCCUGGAGCUUCUAGAAGCGAAGAAGAGCUGCAGGUGUGUGCUGCUCUGACCAUCUCUCCAGAGC